AUGCCCUGGGCCAAAUUCAUACGUACAGCGCUCACACAUCCACGGCACACGCAAUGGAUUGCGCCUCUUCUUGUUCUGGCCGACGCGUUCCUUUGCGCCUUAGUGAUUUGGAAGAUCUCCUACACCGAAAUUGACUGGACAACGUAUAUGCAACAAAUCUCCCUAUAUAUAUCCGGUGAACGCGAUUAUACCUCGAUCAAGGGCUCAACCGGCCCCCUCGUCUACCCCGCGGCCCACGUCCACAUCUACACCGUCCUCUACAACCUUACCGAUGAGGGCCGCGACAUUCUCCUUGGGCAGAUCAUCUUUGCCGGCUUGUAUCUGGCUACACUCAUCGUUGUGAUGGCCUGCUAUAGGCAGGUACAGGCUCCUCCUUAUCUCUUUCCACUCCUGGUGCUGUCCAAGCGGCUUCAUAGCAUCUACAUGUUGCGCAUGUUCAAUGAUGGUAUCGCAGCUUUCGCGAUGUGGGUCGCAAUUUACUUGUGCAUGAAGCAGAAGUGGACUGCUGGAAUCGCAGUGUGGUCUUUUGGGGUAGGAAUCAAAAUGACCUUGGUACUGCUUGUACCGGCUAUCGCUAUCAUCACCCUGCUUAGCCUGGGGCUGCUGCAAACAGCGGCGCUGGGAUUCAUGGCUGUGCUGAUCCAGGUCUUGCUCGCUAUCCCUUUCCUCCAGACCAACGCAGUGGGUUAUAUUUCCAAGGCAUUCGAGCUAUCGCGGCAAUUUAUGUUCAAAUGGACGGUGAAUUGGCGCUUUGUAGGGGAAGAGAAUUUUCUUUCAAGGGAAUUUUCAUUGGGUUUGCUGGCUUUGCAUGUGUCUUUACUGGCCGUCUUCUUGACUGUCUGGGUGAAACCCUCAGGGACCAAUAUGCUCCGCUUCCUCCAGGACAAGCUCGAGGGCCGCCAGCCACCAAUCAGCCUCUCAAAGUCAUUCAUAAUGACUGCAAUGCUGAGUGCGCUGGCCAUUGGCUUGUUAUGCGCCAGGUCGUUGCAUUACCAGUUCUUUGCAUAUUUGGCAUGGACCACUCCGUUCCUUUGCUGGCGCGCUGGUCUGCAUCCCAUUCUCAUUCUAAGUGUAUGGGCUCUGCAGGAAUGGGCAUGGAACGUGUAUCCCAGCACCAACUUCAGCUCCAUGACGGUAGUCUUGUCGCUUGCCUUGCAGGUGAUCGGUGUGCUCUUCCGUGGACUCGGGGACAUAGAUAGCAAGCGAGAAGGGGCUGGUACUCGCAAAAAAGCACCCAUCCAAUAG